UCCUCCUCCACACCAUUUACUACAGCCAUUAACUUCCGCCCUGUGAUCUCCUCAGCGUUAUCAGAGCGCGGGACGCGGCUGUAGCUUCAAGAGUCUCAGUAGCGUGAAUUUACCCUCAUUUUGUGGUUCAUUUACUGUUAGUGUGCCUCUGUGAGAAAUCAGACCUGCGCGCGAGCGGCCUGUCUAGAGGACCUUCAGACUGAUAACCGGGUUAUAAUGACUGAGCACUACUGAGCACUGAAACACAGAGUUCGGCUGCCAUGAGGGACAGAUUGAGCCACCUUCAGGCUUUGUCCCAGUCUAAUGGCGAUGGGGAGGAGCUAAAGAACGGUGCAGCUUCUAAUUCCUUUCAAAACUCUCAUGAAGAAGUUCCCCAAAAUCAUGAAGAAGCUUCCCCGGAUCACAACAGUGACCCUGAGAUGGAGGCCGUGUUUGAUGAGGUGGAUGGCAUUCGGAGAGAUGUUCAGCUCAUCCACUUGGAGGUGAAACGUCUGAAAGAGCAGAAUGCUCGUGUUUACACUGAGCUACCAAACUCCACGCCAGCUGCUGUCCAGCAAGACUCCAGUGCCAUCGCUGCUGACAUCAAGAGGCGUGCUGAAGACUUGCUGGUGCGUCUCCGAAAAAUGGACGCCCAUGCUGAGGAACUGGAGCAACAUCAUGGCAGCAGUGCUGCUGUUACUAGAAUUGCCCGCACGCAGUACGCCGGCCUGAGCAACAGUUUCUGCGACGUGAUGAUGGAAUACAAUGAAGCGGAGGUGAGGCACAGGGAGACGUGCAAGAUGCACAUCCAGCGGCAGAUGGAGAUCGUGGGUCGAGAGGUGACAGGUGAGCAGAUUGAGGAGAUGCUGGAGACCGGCCAGUGGAACAUCUUCAGUGAAAGCAUGCUCUCAGAGGGGAAAACAGCACGAUCUGCUCUCAACCAGAUCGAAAGCAGACAUCGUGACCUGCUGGAGUUGGAGGAGCGAAUCAAGAGCAUCCAUGAAGUGUUCCUGGAUGUGGCCAUGCUGGUGGAAGAACAGAACUCAAUGAUUGACUACAUACAAACCAACGUCCAAAACACAGAUGCAGAGAUGAAAGGCGUUCUGAUAAAACUUGACAGGGCGAAAAGACAUGACCGGAGCAAUCCCUUCAAAAAGAUCUUCUUUUGGCGGCGCUAAUAUUUGCAGUUUGUUUGAGUUUGGUUGCUGUGAAUACACUGAUUGCUAUUUAUGAUAUGCUGCAGCUCAGGUCAAAGUAAUGGCAAGAAAAACAAGCAGGGUUAUGCCGCGUUAAGCCUAGUUCUAGACUGCAUUCUCCUCUCUGUGAAUUUUGUUUAGCCCAGGAAUAGGCUAAAUCCUAGUCCUGUAAUAAAGUGAAAAAAGUAUAUUCUAUUGCAUCGUAAUAAUUUGAGUAGGGUAAAACAUGACAUGUAUAAGAGUGUGCCUAUUUAAUAAAUGGUUUAAACAUUAA